AUGGGGAAUGGUCCGCUCGAGCGGAAGCUCAAAUUUGAGAAAAAGAACCAAGACCUGGUCAAGCUGCCAAAGUGUAAGCUCUUCCCCCCACCCAAGCCAAAUCGCCGACGACAUUCAAGGAAGGGGAAAUUGACUGUCAUGUCUGCAGAUGCAAAGGUUGAAAAGCGACCGAUACCACACGCUCCCAUUGCAUCGCCCUACGCAGGUGCAUCCGUUCCGAAGAUUGUAUAUGUCUCGAGCAACACACCUUUCAUGAGCGCCGUGAAGCGUGUACAGAAAUUACUCCUCCAAGCCGAAAAGCGCGCCACGGCCAAUAUUAGCCUCGGGGAUACACGAAAAACCGAGCAACAGACGCUUGCAGAACUGGCAAAGGCUGCGGAGAAUCGAGAAGAGGUCUUUGUCAAAGCUACUGGGCGGGCAAUCGAGAAGGCUCUCAAUGUGGGGAAGUGGUUCCAAGAGAAAGAAACCGAGUACAACGUCCGGGUGAAUACCGGCAGUGUGUUGGUCGUGGAUGAUGUUGUUGAAGAUGAGGAGAAAAAGGUGCAAGAGGAAAAGAAGCAGCAGCACCAGGGAGAACGGAAAGGAAAUGAGAAGGAUGUCACAGAGGACAAGAAUGGCGCCUCAAAGCCUGGCACUAAAACAAAGAAGCGGAAGCGACAAGAGGCGCCUGCAGCAUCCGAAGAUGCCGAGUUACCUGAAUCGCGAACUCGGUGGAUCAAGAUGGUUGAGGUGGCUGUAAGCCUCAAGUGA